AUGUGUAGAUUUCUAAUUUUCAAGGGAAGAGAACCAAUUCGUUUAUCCCACUUACUCACUAAACCAGCACAUUCUAUAAUCAAUCAAUCCUUUGAUUCACGACUUCGAUUAGAUAGAAGAAGACCAAUAAAUGGUGAUGGUUUUGGUGUCGCAUAUUAUCCAAUGGAAGAUGAACUAAAUGAUGAUGGACCAUGUCUUUUCAAAGCUAUUACACCUGCAUGGAAUAAUCAAAAUCUAAGUACUUUAGCUGAUAAGACCAAAUCUGAUUUGGUUUUUGCCCAUGUUAGAGCUUCAACUUACGGUGUUCUGUCUGAGACCAAUUGUCAUCCUUUCACUUAUCAUAGUUUAUGUUUUAUGCAUAAUGGUGGAAUAUCAAAUUUCAAGCAUAUUAAAAGGAGGUUAUUAAACCAUAUCAAGGAUGAAUAUUUGAAUUUUUACAAGGUAGUACAGAUUCUGAAUGUGCGUUUUGCAUUGUUUUUAGACACCUUGGAUAAAAAUGGAUUUGACCCGUCUAAGAGAGAUGGAAACUUUGGUCACAUAGCAUUAAGGAAAGCACUAUUACAAACAAUAGAAUAUAUAAGGGAUUGGACCAAAGAAGUGAACGAGUCUAAUGGCAUGGAAACUGUAGAGCCAUCACUGUUAAAUUUUGCUGUAACCGAUGGCUCCACGGUGAUAGUUUCUAGGUAUAUAACGAGUAAAACUGACGAAGCUGCAUCUUUACAUUUUAGUUGUGGGUCAAGUUUUGUUGAAACUUUUCCAGGGGAAUAUAGAAUGGAACGUCUCGAUAGAAAUCAAGAUGUUAUUAUGGUAGCAUCUGAACCGCUAACUUUCGAAAGAGGUGAUUGGAUAGCUGUCCCAACCAAUAGUAUUUUAACAAUCAAGAAACAAACCAUCUUGUUACACCCUGUGAUAGACGAAUAUUAUCAAGAAGAUCCAUUAUAUUUAAGAAGCCCAACUUUGGUAGAAAGCAAAGGUUUCAUGGGUUCCGUUCCCCUGGCCAAACAAGUGGAAAAGGAUGUUCCACCAUUAGAAAGAGAAGGAAGAAUGAGACCUAUGACGGCAACAGCACAUAUAUUAUGA